UUCCGGUUCGAUCACAUUCAACUAUAACGAGUCGGAGACCAGCCUACUUCUCUCCUCCUGUCGCCCAGUAACUCGGCAUGGCGGCGUCCUCUGCUUGCCUCUUAUUAUUUUAAGCAAGCUAACGGCGCCUGCUGUUGAAAGAGAAAGCAGAAGACGGAGAUCAGCUGACGAGCUCAAAGCAGCCGAACCGGUCAGGUGAUCCGUGGAAGACCUGGGGGGAAAACAUUGCGCCCCUUGCGUGGUCGUCUUUAUUCAGGGUGGUGGCUUAAUUUCUUCUGUCACAGUUAUCUGCUGAGACUUGUGGGUUGGUUAGGCGCAUGUUCGCUGCUGAUGCUCCAGUGGGCGCCAGUAACCAGCUGAGGGCUGUUUGGUAGCCGUUUAUCGAGAACGAAAUUGACAUUUAUUUAGUAAUCGCAGCUGCCAGAGCGAGGAGUGGAACGUGCGAUAAUCUAAACCACCACCACUGCUGUUCCGGCUGUGGUCUGUGGCCAUGAAGCUGGCAGUCUCUGUCAUCCUAGCCCUUGCCACCUCCUCGCUGGCUCUGGAGAAUGGGCUCAUGAGAACACCUCCAAUGGGCUGGCUUGCAUGGGAGCGGUUUCGGUGUAAUGUUGACUGCAAGAACGAUCCCCAUAACUGCAUCAGUGAGAAGCUCUUCAUGGAAAUGGCAGAUAGCCUGGCGGCAGAUGGCUGGAGAGAAUUGGGCUAUGUGUACGUGAAUAUGGAUGACUGCUGGAUGGCAAAAGAGCGAAAUGCAGAAGGACAGCUGAUUCCAGAUCCUGAGAGGUUCCCUAGAGGGAUCAAGGCCUUGGCAGAUUACGUGCACUCACGGGGGCUGAAACUUGGCAUUUAUGCAGACCUAGGCAACUACACGUGUUCAGGGUACCCUGGCACCACCCUGGACCACAUUGAGCAGGAUGCUUUAACAUUUGCACAGUGGGGAGUGGAUAUGCUGAAGUUUGAUGGCUGCUACUCAGACACGAGCACCCAGGCCAAGGGUUAUCCUAGGAUGGCCCAGGCUCUGAAUGCAUCAAGCCAUCCUAUCGCCUAUUCCUGCAGCUGGCCAGCCUAUCAUGGGGGACUUCCACCGGAGGUGAACUACACACUCCUGGCAGGCAUCUGCAAUCUCUGGCGCAACUAUGAUGAUAUACAAGACUCUUGGGAUAGUGUCCUUUCCAUCGUGGAUUGGUUUACAGCCAAUCAGGAAGUAAUUCAGUCAGUGGCUGGCCCAGGCCAUUGGAAUGACCCUGACAUGUUAAUAAUUGGAAACUUUGGCCUCAGCUAUGAACAGUCCCAGUCCCAGAUGGCUUUAUGGACUGUGCUGGCUGCUCCCCUUUUCAUAUCCACGGACCUCCGCACGAUUUCGGAGAAAGCUUGGGAGAUUCUGAAGAACAAACUGAUGAUCAAAAUUAACCAAGAUCCCCUGGGAAUCCAAGGACGUAGAAUCCUUCAGGAGAACUCUUCUCACAUAGAAGUCUUUCUGCGGCCACUUUCUCACUCCGCGAGUGCUGUGGUUUUCUUCAGUCGACGGACAGAUGUGCCGUACCGCUACACCACCUCCCUUGCCCAGCUGAAUUUUACACAGAAUGCUCUGUAUGAGGCACAAGAUGUGUACACUGGUAAAAUCAGAAGCCUGAAGACCAGUGACAACUUCACAGUGGUUAUUAACCCCACUGGAGUAGUCAUGUGGUACCUCUAUCCAACCAUGCACCUGGAGCAGCCGAAGCAGCAGUCGGACACUAACUUCCAUCCCUUUGCCCUGUGAUGUCAAAAGAUCAAGUGGGCCAGUGCCUGAUAUAGCCUGUAAGCAAACCACUAGGGGCAUGGAGUUCCCUAUUGGUAUUGUUGAUGGCACCAUGAAAUUGAAGACUAGAUGAUCGCAUUGUGCAAGGAGGGGAUUUUACACAUCUUGUGUAAAAGUAGAGAUUAUGCAUAUCUACCUCAAAGGCAGAGGAGAAGCUCAUAGCCUGAUUCUAUGGAUUUACUUCUAAGAAUAUCCCACAGUUUCAGUGGGGCUUGUUCCAAAGUAAGUGUGUAGGAUUGCAGACUUAAGAGUGCCAAAUGCUUUGAAAUCAUGCAGUGUCCUUAGAUACCAUGUAGCAAUAAUGCAACCUCAAUCAUCUUAUAGUAGGAAAGACACUUAAAACAUUCCCACUGAUCAGCAGAAAGUAGCUUACCCUAGUUUUUUUUUAAUAAAUGACCUGGAAAAGUCUUCAAUUUAAUGAACUUCAAAUUAACCAUACUCUUCUCUCCACAACUAUCUGUAGUUUAAUUUUUCCACACAUACACUAGCUUGGCAAUCAUCAGGUGGGGGAGGGGUGGUUUGGGGUACACCUCAUGGGAGGAGAGCUGGUCUUCUGGUAGCAAGCAUGACUUGUCCCCUUAGCUAAGCAGGGUCUGCCCUAGUUGCAUAUGAAUGGGAGACCACAUGUGUGAGCACUGGGAAGGACUACACUUGGCAGUGUUCCAUGUAUGUCUUCCACGAUGGUACAGAGGCUCAGGAAGGCUCUAGUUUCCCUUAAAAGUAGCCCCCAGCACGGGGCAAAGCACAAUACUGCACAGUGCCAGGGCAGAGUAUUCAGAUGGUGGCUGUCACUGGCCCCUGGCCUUUAGAAUGAAGAAGAUUUCAAUAGCUAGUUCCACUGAUCUACCUCUUAGCUAGGGAGAGAGAAAUGAAAGAGGGAGACUUGCAGUUGAGUGCCAACACAGAACUCUUAGCACCCCACGGAGACACAACCUGGUGCUCUACUAAAUAGUACACAUCACAUUUUUAGAUGUGUAGCAGCAGCAGCUCUGGAGAUUGUAAAGAAUACAGGUGGACCUAAUUAAAUGCUUUGUGGUGUCAAAA